AUGGCUAGUCUUUUCACCACCGUCGCCUCUCUGGCCUCGGGCACCGAUGUCCCUCUCACCACCCGCGAGGCCCUCUCCGGCAUCUUUGGGUCUGUCUCCAUGGCCUGCUGGAUCUUCCUCCUCGUGCCGCAACUGAUCGAGAAUUACCGCAACUCGUCUGCCGAGGCCAUCAGUCUCGCCUUCAUCUUCGUCUGGUUCAUUGGUGACAUCUGCAAUCUCGCCGGUGCGCUCUGGGCCGGUCUGGUGCCAGUGGUGGUCGCCAUUGGAGUGUACUUUUGUAUCGCCGAUGGCGUGCUUAUCUCGCAAUGUCUAUACUACGGAAUCAUCAACAAAAGAAGAGAAGGAAAGGCGCUGUUGGAUGGAUCACCCUCUUCGUCCAGCGGAGUCGCGCAACAGGCCAGGCAGAAUGGACACCACGACGACGAAGAGGACGACGACGAAGAGGAGCCGCUCCUGAAGCGCACCCGAACCAACAGCAUCACGAUCCCCGGUUCGGCGGACAGAAGGCGCAGCAGUCACAGUUUCCGGCGCCGGAGAAGCAGCGUGGCACAGAACGAUCAGCUAGCGAAGAUUCUGGAGGAGAGCGACGAGUCUGGGGCCAGGCUUUGGUUCAAGAAUGCCAUGAGCGUAUUGGCCAUUGUCGUGGUCGGCGCGGCGGGAUGGGCUCUGGCUUAUGAGUCGGGCGCAUGGAAGCCGUCGCCUACGUCCAGGGAUACCAGCGAGGAGAAUAUGGCUGUCGGCGCACAGAUCCUGGGCUACCUCAGUGCCGUUGCGUACUUGGGCGCCAGGAUUCCUCAGAUCAUCAAGAAUGCUGGGGAGAAAAGCUGCGAAGGUCUAUCGCUACUAUUCUUCAUCCUCUCCCUCUUGGGCAAUGUCACCUACGGCGCAGGCAUCUUGUGCCAUUCUACCGAGGCCGCCUAUGUCAGGAAGAACCUGCCCUGGCUCAUUGGCAGUUUGGGCACGAUUGUGGAAGAUGUGAUAAUCUUUGCUCAGUUCCACAUGUACCGAGAUGGAGGGGAAUCCGAGUCCGAUGAAGCGGUCUCCUGA